GGGGCUUCCGAGUCCGCUCGGACUGGGGAACGGGUUGGGCCGGGUUCGGUUUCUGCACCGGUAGGAUACGGGACGGGCCAGCUUCCUGUUUCCGAUCCCAUAAGUUUUGCUGAAGGGUCAUUGGGCUAGCAGGAGCAUGGGGCAUGGGCACGAGCAUGGCAAAAUGGAGCUUCCGGACUAUAGGCAAUGGAAGAUAGAGGGGACUCCCCUACAGGAUGUGCAGGACAGGCUGGCCCGGCGGGGUCUCAGGGAUCCGUGGCUUCGCAAUGAAGCAUGGAGGUACUCCGGUGGCUUUGCCAAUCCCCCCACUUUAAAGCACGUUAUCAGCAGAGGAUUCAAAUGGGGAUUUCUAGCCUUCGUGGUCUCUCUUGGGGUGGAGUAUGCGUUUUUCCCUCCAAAGAAAGAUGAGGGGCAUCACUGAAGAUUGGAACACCCGUCUUUUCUUUUCCUUUUGUAAAUUAUAAGCGUUGUGUUCUGACAUAGCACGGUGCACAUUAAAAACACCUAUGAGACAUAAA